CGGCACAGCUCAAGAUGUGUUCCAAACUAACUCUUUUCCUGGGGUUAGUGGCCCUCAUUGCUGCUGUCUUUGCUCUUGAUGAUCCCACAUCGCCGACAUCCCCAACAUCUCCAACAUCUCCAACUUCGCCGACUUCUCCAACUUCGCCGACUUCUCCAACUUCUCCCACUUCUCCUACAUCACCAACUUCACCAACAACGCCAGAUGCCUCUACUGCCACCACUGCCGCCCCCUCUACGGCAUCCACUACCACAGAAAGGACUCGCAGACGCAGGCGCAGGCGCAGGAUAAUCCGGAUCCGCAGGUUCAGGGGCGGCAACCGCCGUCGUGGAUUCGGUAGACGCAGAUUCGGUGGUCGCCGGUUCGGUGAGGGAGGUGUCCGUGAAGUCGUGAUCCGUGAGCGCGGAUUGGAGCGCCUCCUUUAAGAUCUAUAACGAAAACAUUAUUAAAAUAAAUCAAAAUAUCAAUUU